GUUGUUGUUUGUUGUUGUUAUUUCAUUGGUGGUAGUGUCCAUGGUCACUGAUGAGGAGUGGAAUUCUCCGAAGCUAGUCUGGCUCAAGACAGACACUCAAUGAAAGAAUAGACCAUUCCAAGCUUUUACUUGUUGUUAAACAUGUUUAAACAACUCUAUUCAAUUAUGUAAUAGCUACCCAGUGUCGGUUAACAAUACGAAGAAUUAAAUUGUGGCGAAAUUUUAAAAGAUAGAUUUUUGGAAUAAAUAUUCCAGGCCUAUAAAUUUCCUUUAAUCAUGGUUUAUUCUAAAAAUAAGGACAAGGCUAUACAAUGGCCAGCUGUCACUGUGAAUAAAAUGAAUGAUGUACAACAUCUAGGCUGUCACAUGAGAGAACACAUUUGAUAUUAUGCAGCUGCAACAGUGCAAGCUAUAAUCUAAGUGAAAAAUUAAAUGCUACAUGCCACCUGGUUGUUGUGUAACAUAAAGUAAGUAUGCAGAACAGUUGUCAGUUCGCCUACAUCAUUGACAGGUUCUACUUUUAUUGCAUCAUUUAAUAAUACUAGAUAAUUAGAGAUACAGACUAAUAAUUAUGUAAUAGAAAACGAGUGCUAAAGGUUCCUUUGAUUGUGGUAUGUUCCUUUGUUGUCAUACAAGUCUUCCAGAAAUGUUUGCAUUGCAAAGCAGAUACUGCUAUACACAAUUUUUAUCCAUGUAUGAAAUUUUACCAGGUGGAAAGUCUUGUUCUAGGUCUGUAUGGUUCUGUCAUCAAGCUUAACAAAUUACGAGAAAGUGUCUCCUAACUGCUUUAUUGCUGCUUUAAACUGGACAAAAUUGUUGAUUUUCCUGGCCUGUCUGUGUGGUUUUUCCCAAAGGCUUUGUCUCACCCUUUUCUAGCUUUUUAGAGGCUUUCAUCAGGAUGUUUCAACCAUUAUGAUAGGAUUUAUUGAAAUGUGUUAUCAGGAGUUGACAGAAUAAUAUACUAAAUGGUAGGACUGAGAUGCGAGUCUGUGUACAGCUAGUCUUGUAAAGUUUACUUCUUCACUAACUUCAACAGUAUGUAGAAUCUAAAUUCAACCACAGUACAAAUGAAGAAAAAUAUCUGAUUCACACUGGAGCAAUUUUGGAAGCUUAUACCUCUCAGUCAAGGAAACUGCCAUCCUUCUGCUGAUCCAGUUCUUCUGUUGCACUGAGUUAAAAUUGAAUCGCAGAAGUUUCCUGUAGCCAAACAAAUCUUCUGAGAGGUUCCACUUGCCCAGUUUCCUCUCAGUCUUCACUUCCUGUCAUCAAUGGCACUACAGUAAUGAUAAGAGUAUUGCCCUGGACACCAGUAUGAUACUUUGUGGUGAUUUUAUUUCUUGUCAUUUCUUGGGUAUCUGUCAUUUGUAUGCAGACGAUCAUUCUUGAAACUUUCUUCGUUCUUACUAAUGAAGAUUUAAGCAGUAUUCCUCAUCUUGAACAGUCGAUAGAUCAACAAGAUGAUCACAUUAAUUCUGAGGUUGUUACAAAAUUGGGAAGUUUAAGGAAUGAUAAGUCUCCUUGUCCAUAUUAUAUUUCUCCCAAGGGUCUUGAAGGAGGUAAGGACUGGAUAUGUGAGCCACUUGCUACUAUUUUUUGCAAGUCCUUGAAUAGUGGACAGCUACCAUAGGAUUGAAAGAUCUCAAGACCUGUAUAAGGAGGUAUUAACAUUAUCAAGAAGAAACUCGAUUUUUGCUCUUCAGGCUGAGAAUCUUGUAACUUUGAUAAAUAUAGGUGUAGUUAUGAUAACAAUGAAGCAUGUUUAAUUCAAGGGGCAAUGUUCUUAGGCAUUAAAGAAAAGCCUUUUCUCCAAGAAAAAGUUAUAGAGUUGUGAUGUUUCGAUAAAAAACUGGCUUAAAGAAAUAUCGUAGUACUUGCAUUUGGAAGAAGCCAUAUAUAUAUAUUUGUUUUUGUAGCAAAGAAUGUGAUUACAGUUUUAAAACAUUCAUCAGGCUAUUGAGAAUACAGCAACUUUGUGAUGUAUGUGGCAAAAUUUCUUGUGAAAUGAUUCAUGCUGGAGUAUCAUACAGUUAUAAGAAAUAUGUAGACAAGUACAUAAAAAUUUUGCAUCCUAAACUCAUCUGACUCUUCAUAGUACAGAGGAGCAACAUAGUUGAUAUCUUGGUGAUAACUUAUUUAUUAGAACAUCCUCUCGGAAGAAAGACAAUAAAAGAAUAAUUUCUGUGCUAAAACAUUUUCAAGAUCUGAUUUAAAAGGAAUUAGAUGAAUCAUACAGAGAGGGAACAAUACAUCUGCAGUGUUUGUGGCAAAAUGUAUGCCAGGAAAGAUGGCUUAAAACAACAUCAGAUGAUUCACACUGGGAAGAUUCCAUACAGAUGUGAUGUUUGUGACAAAACGUAUGCAAGAAAGGAUCGCUUAAAACAACAUAAAAUGAUUCACACUGGGGAGAGAAUCCACUCCAAGGAGAAUUCAUGCCUGUGUGAUGUAUGUGGUAAGAAAUAUUCAACCACUAGUUCUUUAAAUAAACAUAAGUUUAUCCACUCUGGGCAUAGAUCAUAUCUAUGUGAUGUUUGUGGCAAAAAAUUUACAAGAAAUUCUUUCCUAAAAAAUCAUUAUGUUACUCACACUGGAGCUAGACCAUUUAGUUGUGAUGUAUGUAAUAAAACAUUUAGGCGUAAAGAUACUUUAAAAGAGCACCAGAGGAUUCAUUCAGGAAUUAGACCAUAUAGUUGUAAUAUUUGUGCAAAAACAUUUACACAGAAGGGACAUUUGAAAUUACACGAGAAGACACACACAGGAGAGAAACCAUACAGUUGUAAUAUAUGUGGGCUUGGGUUUACUCUGAGUUCAAACCUUAAAUCUCAUAAGGUAGCUCACUCUGGACAAAAACCAUAUAGUUGUGAUGUGUGUGGCAAGAAGUAUGCUCAGAAAUCAACUCUGAAAUUACAUAAGGAGAUCCACACUGGGCAGAAAUACAGUUGUGAUGUGUGCAGCAAAAAUUUAAAAACCAAGAAGAGUUUUAGAAAGCAUAAGAUGAUCCAUGCUAGAGCAAUUAAAGAGUAAUUCAGCAGUUCAUAUAUACAAGUAUCUCCAAUUCAUUAUCAUUGCAUUUUGGUAAAUGUAAUUUUUUAGACAAAAUGAAGUGAAGAAACAUAAUAUCAUACUAUUUAUUAUCAAGCAGUUGUAUAGAGGUAAGUAAAAAGUGUAUUUAAAAUAGUCAUGAGAUUAUGUGGACAUGUUUGUGGUAAAAAAUGUUAAUAAAUAUUGAAAAAGUGGGAGAAGUAUAUUUGUAAAGAAUAAAGACAGGAAUUUCAUUAUGAUGUGUAACAAAUUCGAGUUAACAUGUCAGUUGUAAUACUUUACCACCAACUUCAAAGACUUAAAUUGUUUGAUUCUUUCACUCACUCAGUUGUAUAAAGUUUAUAGUGGUUAAAAUAUUUCAGUAUGCAUUAAAAUAGCAAACACUUUUGGGGACUUAGAUCUCUAUUGUGAAAUCUUUACUGAUGAUUUUUCAAACUUUUAAUUGAAUUCUGUGUAGAAUAUACACUAUCCUACAAAAGUCAUGGGACAUGGGUAGUUACGAAUAAAAAUGUCUUUAUUCCAAGAAAUUAAUAGCAUGUUGGCCUUUCUUUGGCCUUAAUUACUGCUUCAAUGCAUUAUGGAAGGCUGUCUACUAAUUUCUGGUAUAAAGCUGGUGGUAUUGUGCUCCAAUCCUCCUUUAAAGCAUUAGUAAGCUCCACUACUGAAGAGGGUUAUCUUGGCCUUGCCCUAAUUCUGCAUUCCAGUUCAUUCCAAAGAUGUUCUAUCGGGUUGAAGUCAGGGCUCUGUGCUGGCUACUGCAAUGUUCCGAUGUUAUUCACUUCAAACCACACAGUCACAAUUCUUGCUUUGUGACAUAGAGUGUUAUCACAUUGGAAGGUGCAAGGGCCAGUACCAUAAAAUUGUCACAAUGUAGGACACACAGAAUUGUUCAGAACAUCAGUGUAGGCCACAGCAUUUAUGGAUCCAUGCACUGCAACCAGUGGACCUAGUCCAUGCCAUGACAAGCACCCCCCAGACUAUGACACUGCCACCUCCAAACUUCACUGUUGGGACAACACACUCAGGUAAUAAGCAUUCUACAGGUAUCCUCCAUACCCAAACACGUCCGUCAGAGUGGAAGUGAAUCCAUAGUCCAGGUUCGGUGUGCCUUGCUCUAUGUCAUUCGACGGUAUGCAUAUGUUUUUGUUAUCAAUGGCUUGUGGGCUGCAGCUCUUCCAUGAAAAUUCAUGGAAUGCAGCUCUCGACAUGUUGUGGAAACAUUGGAUAGCCUGUGGCUGCUCACAUCUACAAACACAGAUUCUCUAGGGUCUGAUCCCGAGAUGAGGUAACCAGCCUUCUCAAGGCACGUUGGCUCCUGACAGUCAGUAUUUUAUGCCUACCUGGUCAUUUCUUAGGCUCAUUGUCACCUGUGGACUUCCAUUUCUUCAGCACAUUGUCAAUAUUUGACCUGUGAAUGUUUAAUUGUUGCACAAUAGCAUAUACAGACAUUUCCCUCAAAUGACAUCCAACUAUCCUUCCUCUCUGAAACUCUCUUAAUUCUUUCCGUGCACUCAUCGUUUGCCGUACAAGUUUGAAAUGACUUCCAAGCAAACUGCUGAUCACCUUUAUAGGCCAAACUAUUUGCAUAUUUUGUCGUCACACCCAUUUUCCUGCAAUCAGAGGUGUGCCCCAUGACUUUUGGUAGGAUAGUGUAUGUGACUUACAAGAAAAUGCUUUUAUCACCAAAGUAUGUAAAUUUAUUGCUCAAUGAUUAAUAUAGCGCCUAUAUUAGAAACUUUUAGCACUACAUUGAAAUGAAGAGGAUAAAAUAAUCUUCUGUCUUAUCUUAAUUUUGGUUGUGUUUGCCGAAAGCUACUAAAGCUACUGUUAUGCAAAAUCUAGGACAAUAAAAUUUUAUAUUUUAAAGUA